UUUGAGCCCCCUGCUGUAAAGUAUAUUUCACUCUCCACUCCUCUUUGUAAAUGUGAGUGUGAAUGAUUAACUGUUUGAUCCAUGUGGAUCUAAACGUCACAGCCAGUGAAGGUGAUACAGCUUUAAGUGCACAGAUUGAACCCGUGGCUGAAGCUCCUGCAGCCUGCGGUCUGCUCUGACGCUGGAGGGUUGGUCCAUGGAGCAUAUCGUCCCAGUUGCUGAAAUGGGAGUGGGCGAGCUGGGAUAGGCUGGGAGUUUGGUUGGAGCCGUCAGCAGCGGGACGGGACAAGGCUCUGUAGAAGGGGGGACGAAGGAACCGAGCGAGUAUUAACUUCUGAGCUGCUGAAUGUUGGACAGGAAAUUUGACGUAGACAGCUUUACGGGAAAAUAGCAUUUGUUGCAUUCAGGGGUCACGGAUCUGAGCGGCGCGGAUGACAAAGAAGCGUCGCCGUGCAAACUUUCUCAACCGGGUUUGAUCGCUCGUGAAACCCAACCGGGAAUUCAGUUUUUUUUCUCUUAAACGGAGGGUUAAAGAAGAGGACAUCAUGCCACGGCGCACCGUGCAAGAAGUAACAGUGCAAGAUGUCCAGAAACGGAGAAAUCCCAACAAGCACUACGUUUAUAUCAUCAAAGUGUCCUGGAGCGAUGGCAGUACAGAAAUCAUUUACAGACGCUACAGCAAGUUCUUUGACCUCCAGAUGGAAUUGCUGGACAAAUUCCCAGUGGAAGGAGGCCAAAAAGACCCUAAGCGCAGGAUUAUUCCAUUCCUACCAGGGAAGAUCCUGUUUAGGAGGAGCCAUAUCAGAGAUGUGGCUAUGAAAAGGCUAAGGCCCAUCAACGAGUACUGCAGGGCCCUCAUUCAGCUGCCAGUCUACAUCUCCCAGUGCGAGGAGGUCAGAGUGUUUUUCGAGACAAGACCUGAAGACCUCAACCCACCCAAGGAGGAACCCAUUGGAAAGAAGAAAUCAGGGAUUGUGGAGAAGGCGACUACUUUCCUAAAGCGAGGAGAUUUCACCUCAGCAGACCCUCUCCUCCUUGACCAGUAUGUGGCAGUAACAGACUACGAGAAGCAGGAGAGCUCUGAGGUCAGCCUGCAUGUGGGUCAGGUGGUGGAGGUCAUUGAGAAAAAUGAGUCGGGGUGGUGGUUUGUUAGCUCAGAUGAUGCUCAGGGCUGGGUCCCUGCCACCUGUCUUGAGGCACAGGAUGACCCUGAUGACUUCAGUCUUCCUGGAGAAGAAGUGCCUCGGAGAUUCUGGUCACUGCCAAGGCACGUGGGUCGACGCAGAACUUUAGGGGAUCUAUUCAGCACAGGCUUUGGGCAAGACGAGAAAUAUUCUGUGAUUUACCCGUACUCGGCCAGAGACCAGGAUGAGAUCGACCUGGAGAGAGGCAUGGUUGUCGAGGUGAUUCAGAAGAACCUGGAGGGCUGGUGGAAGAUCAGGUACCAGGGCCGUGAGGGCUGGGCCCCAGCCUCCUACCUGAAGAAGACCGACAUCCAGGGCCAGAAACAAUCAGCCGGCGCUGCAGCUCACGCCAGCACCAAUGACCUAGAUGGGUUUUCUAAACAGAACCAGCAAAACAAUGCAGCCAAAGAGAACCGAGACAACAGCCAAAAAGAAAACAGACUCUCGUUUUUAGACAAAAGUAAAUUGGGAUUAAGACACAGACCUCCUCCACGCAGAGAUCUUACCAUUCCACGUGGUACAAACCUACCCAAGCCGCCUGUUGCUCCUCAGGUUGAGGAGGAGUUCUACACCAUAGCAGACUUCCAGACCACCAUCCCUGAUGGGAUUAGCUUCCAAGCUGGAGUUAAAGUUGAGGUGAUUGAGAAGAAUAGUAGUGGCUGGUGGUACAUCCAGAUUGAUGAAAAAGAGGGCUGGGCCCCUGCCAACUUUAUUGACAAGUACAAGAAGACCAGCAAUGCCCUGCGACCUAAUUUCCUCGCCCCUCUGCCCAACGAGAUGGAGAAGCUGAGACUGGAAGAUGGUGCUUCUACAAAUGUUUCAGGCACAGAUGACAGCUGGUCCAAGCCUUUACCAGAUGAGCCCCCCGCAGCUUCUGAAUCCUGUGCCCGGCCUAAGCUGAGAGAUUGGAAGUCCAAUGCAAGCAAGGCGGGCCCUCCCUUCACUGGGCCUUUACCUCCAGCCCCUGUGGCCCCUCCAGCCGAGGAGAAACCAGCUCUGCCGCCGCGAAGGGAGUCCAUUAACAAGAGCUUUGAGUUGGAGGUGUCAGAGAAACCGAGGGUUGAUCAUUCCAAACCUCUGCCUCCAAAACCUCCAGCUCCUGGAGUCAUCAUGCCGCUGGUUCCACCCAAAGCAGCCCCCUUCAAACAGGACAAACCACCAGAGGCUAAGAAAGAAGAUAAAAGCAAAGCUCUCCACCUUCGGAAUGAGAUGGGUCUGGAAUGUGGCCACAAGAUCUCUGCCAAAGAGGUGAAGAAGUUCAAUCUCAAACCCGUACCUAAACAGCCACCAAAACCCAAAUCAGAAGCGCAGGAGGAGAAACCGGAGUCGGCCGGCCCGGCAGUAUUCAUGAAGCCCAAGCCGGUGGUCCGACCUAAACCUGUUCCAGCUGCCAAGCCAGACGCCCCGGCAGAGAACAAACUAGACAUCACCAACCUGAGAAGCAAGCUGAGGCCUUCAAAACCUGCAGAUGGAGGCGCUGCGUCAGCUGAGGGGAACCAUCAGAACGACUCCUCAGCAGCAGUUCAUCCCAGUGCCCCCCCGAGCUCUCCCCCCAUCCACAUCCCUACUCUCAACAAUGGCAAGCACUGCGACGAGCCAAAACUCCCCCCAAAACACAUCAAUGGUCACAGCCAGGAGACCUCAUCGCCCCCUGCAAAACCAGCAGUACCUCCCCACAAGGAUCCCCCUCAGAGACCCCCGGCCAUGGCUCCCAGGAGACCUCCUCCUCCAAAGAAGACGGACCCAUCCAGCCCCACCGAGCUCAAACCUCCACACGCUCUAAGAGAAGUUCAGGACAUUCCCAAGGGCCCCCCACCCCAAAUGGGCAGACCCCCUCCCCCUAAACCCAAAGGGUUUAUUCAGCCGCCUACAAACAAAGAGAAAGAAGAGCCCAAAGUUAACAGAGUCCCAAUUCCUCCCAAGCCCCAGCUGAAGAGCGAGAAGCCCGGCCCGCCCAGGGACAAGCUCCCCCCUUUACUCAUGGAUGCCAGUAAGGACGAGCUGUAUCUAGCUGUGGCGGACUUCGAGGGGGAUGACCAGACAUCCAGCUUCAAGGUGGGCACAGUGUUCGAAGUGCUGGAAAAAAACAGCAGCGGCUGGUGGUUCUGUAAGAACGUAGGACAAGACGCCGAGAGCUGGAUCCCCUCGAAUUACCUGAGCAAGAAACCUUAGUGUGAAUGUUCUCUCCAAACCGUCACAUAUGGGUAAACAAACAAAUUUAAAUGAACAAGAUAUCACUACUUUGUAGCUAAUUAGCAUUUUUUUUAUUUAUAGGUACCUUUUUUUAAGACACGUUUUUGUUAUGUUGCAUUUUCGUUAGAAUAUUCUACCUAAACUGAACCAGCAAUAACACAUGACCUUGUUGGGUCGCGUGAUGUUUACGUUUUUUUGGUUGUUGUUGUUGUUUUUAUCUAAAUUUAACAUGAAAAAGUUGCUUUCGUUGCCGUAUGGUAGUCGCAGCCAGUGUCAGUCUUGCCAUUACUUAGGCUUAGACUGCUAGAACAGCAGUAAAUGUAUCUCCACCCAUGCCUUCUAUGAUAUUGUGCCUCUAUAUUAUAUGCAAAGUGCUUCAGUGCUUUAUAUAUUGUAUGCAACUGUAGGCAUAGUCCUUGUUGGAAUCUUAAAAACCUUUUGACUAGAAAUCAAAACUCUACAGAGAAAACACUAGAUGUUUAAAUCCAGAAGUAGGAAAAAAUAUAUAUCCCAAAUCCCUUCGACAAAGACUGCACAUGAACUCACCGGGGGGGUUCAAUGUGCACUUCAAGUGCUAUUAGCAGUUACUAACAGAGAUGUCUUUGCCAAGUAGAAGUGCUGUUUGUUAUACGAGAAACAUGCAUAUUAGUUUUUUGUGCUAUUGUAAUGCUUUUCUUUGUUAACUGCAUAAGUAAUGUUGCAGUGACUUGUAACAGAUGUGCACUUUUUCAGUCAUUUCAUAUGAGGUAAUUUUAAGGUUUGAGCGCGCUGAAGGAAGGGGAAGAAUGCCACAGUGCAAUUCGUUUCUUAGUUUUACAUUUUAUAUUAGCCAUGUUUGUUCAUUUUUUUAUACUCGCUGUAACAAAUAUCCAACAAUGUAAAGAUGAGGCUUGAAAAUCCAAACUGAACAGUUGACAGGGGUGUCAUGAUUUCGAUUUUUAAUAAGAAAAUCGAUUGAAAUCAGCUUUUACUAUCGAUUUCUUGAAAUUACAAGCAGGAUCUGCUCUUUUUUUAUUAUUUAAAUUUAAUAAUAUGGUCCUGAUUUGGUACAUUUCCCCCAAAAGCUGGUGAUUAUAUAACGCAUGGUACUUUUUUUUAAGUAUAUUAAAAAAAUGUACAUUUCAAAUACUUUUUCACAAUCAAAAUUCGAUUGUCGAACAUUGGCAGUGCCAUUAAUGUUGGGGGGGAAAAGAAAAUUGACUCAAAAUGAUACUUUCAAAUAAAAUGUCAAAACAAUCAUGACAUCCCGACAAUUUAAAAGAAACUCUCUGUCAAAGUAUUGUAACCUAAUCAUGUUAUCUCCCGCCCAAAAAAAUAAGAAGUGUGAAAUGUGACUUGCAGAGUACAUCUGCAUAUCUGUUACCAGAUGUCUGACCUAAGAAAGAAAAGAAACUGGUGAUCUACAGUGAUUUGUGCAAUGAUUUACAGUAUUGUAAGUGUACAGUCUGUUGUUAACCGAAGUUUGGUGCUCAAAUAACAGCAAAGAAUGACCAUUGUAUAAAUAGAAUGUUUUACAUGAAUGCUUGACUGGUCUCAAGCAUGGUCAGUAUAGCAAAUUAUUUUUUAUUGUACAGAAAUGAGAGGCAUAUCUUAGCUGUUGUCACUUUUUCUUUGAUGGUCCAUCUGUCAGGUCUUUUACUCUGUACUGAUGAAGGGAAGAGAGGGAGAAAGAGCUGAGGAACAAUUUGGUUGCUUGAUUUAAGGGAUUUGCUUAUUAGUCCAAACAUGAAGGUUGUGCCUUUUUUUUUUCUUGAAGUCACUUGUGAAACAGCUGGCUGCUACUUUCACACCAAGUGGUCCAGAAAUUAUAGAAAUAAUGUGCGAGGUUUACAAAAUAAAAAAGCAAAAUUGUAAAAUUAAAAUGUGCAUUUAUGGCUUAAGCAAUCAGACAAGGCUACAAGCUGUAACAUCGCUUCUAGUUGCUAAAAUGUUAUUGCCCCUUCCACCCAUGUUUUAUACAAAAAUACACAGUAUGUGACCAACUAGAAAUUUGUUGUUGGAGUUCAUUUUAAGAGUCAGGAAAGUACAGUACAGUGUAAGGCAAAUGUGUGGGUUGAUGGUGUCAUCAUGUCAGUAUUGUAAUCUUAUUGUCUUUUUUUUUUACUAUGUAUCUUAUUUUAAUCUUAUUUUUUGCCAUGUAUUUUCCAUUACAUUGAGUCUCCUUUUACUUAAGUCAAUAAAAGUUUUCGGAUUUUUCAGUU